CUGAUUUCCUUAUAUCACUGCGUUUUUAGUGCUUUCCCUCAUCCGUUUGUUAUUUUAAUUCGUUCUCGGCUCAGCUUCUUCAUUUCAAUUCUAGUUCUAAUUUCUACAACUCUCUCAACACAAUGGCUAGAGCAUUGCUCUUCAUCGCUCUCUGCGUCCUCCCUGCUCUCGUCAGCGCCGGCCGUCCCAACAAGGACCCCUUCGAGGUACAAGGACGCGUGUAUUGUGACGCUUGCCGUGCCGGUUUCGAGACCUCCGCCAUCUCCUACAUUGCAGGAGCCAAGGUUAGGGUGGAAUGCAGUGAUAGGAAGUCAAUGCAGCUGGUAUACAGCAAGGAAGCAACAACAGACUCCACUGGAACAUACAAGAUUCCUGUUAAUGAAGACCAUGAGGAUCAGUGUUGUGACGCUAUACUUGUAAGCAGCCCCCAGACUGACUGCAAAGUGGUCUCCCCAGGGCGUGAUCGUGCCCGUGUCAUCCUCACCGAUUCCAAUGGCAUCGCCUCACGUCUCCGCUAUGCCAAUUCUUUGGGGUUCAUGAAGGAUAAAGCAUUGUCUGGCUGCGCUCAGAUCCUCAAGCAAUAUCAGGAGGAGGACGAUGAGGACUAGAGAUUGCAUGUCAGUGGGUUUUUUUUUAAUGCGUCUAAUUGAUUAAUUAAGCUUUGUCUGCCCUGUUAUUGUUAUUAUUACACCUAUUAUUAUUUAUUAAUUUCUGGAUGCUGUUUCUGUGUUUAGAGGAUUGUUUAUUUGUUGUUAAUGAGACUCAACAAUUAUAUACACGAUGUCGCUUUUCUCAUGGCCUGCACUUAUUUAUUUCUGCAAUAAAUCUAUGUAUUCAGAGUUUGAAGUUA